GAGGAGGAGGAGAGACGUAGAGGGAGAGAGGUGGAGAUAAUGCUGUAAGAGGACGGGAAGGAGGAGAAAGAGAGAGAGACCAUCUCUUGUCUCUAUCUGCUGUUCAUUCAGCCUGCCUUGUCUUAUCCAUCUAGCCUCCUGCGUUCACGGGACUAUGAGCAUUACGCUCUAAGGUGAUUGUAUUUAACGAGGAGUCCAAGACAAACUUAAAAGACAGAAGGAGAGGAGGCGGCGGAGGAGGACAAGGCCAUGGCCUCCUGGUUCAGCUGGAACGAGCCCUACUACCGGACGCCCCGCCGGGACCCGUCCGACGUGGUCACCGACACCCUGAUGCUGGAGUUCAGCUGGCAGCUGAAGGAGGCCGAGAGGCAGCAGAGGGAGAGGGAGAACGAGUACCGGCGCCUGAAGACCGGGGUGGACUACAGCUGGCUGGCCAGCACCCCCCGCUCCUCCUUCAGCAUCAGCACCGGGGAGAGGAUCGGCCUGGAGGACCUCUGCUCCAAGGUGCCCCCGUCCUGCUGCGGCCUCGUCAUACUCAAGUUCAGGGAGGUCAUGCAGGCCAAUGAGCCCGAGGCGCACGAGGUGUCCGGCCUCUUCCGCUCCGUCCUCAUGGAGGCUCUGGACCACCUGAAGGAGGAGGAGGAGGCGCAGCGGCUCGCCCGCCAGUGGAACAACAAACGCGCCAUGAGCACGUCCCUCGUGAACUUCCGGUCCCGGAUCAAGAUCAACCCGUUCGGGAGCACGGUGGGCCUGACUUCGGCCGCGGCCGACGGGACGGGGCUGAGCGACCUCAAAACGGUGUCGGAGGACGUGGAGAGGGGGACGGACAGGGAGGAGCGGCCGCAGAGGGUGUGGAGCAUGCCCGACUUCAGGUUCAAGGGAGCCAGCAGCAGCAGGGUCGUCUGAUGCGAGGCGUUCAGGGCACGGAGAUGACAGUGGGACGUUUCAGAGGCGAAUGCUGCUGCAGGUAUCAGUCUUGUUUGCGCCGGGAUGGAAUCCUUAAUCCUACUUUAUCAGACCGCUCAGCAUUUGAUCCUACUUUUUCGGGUGAUGUCGGGGGGUUUUCUCAGAUUUCGUGUCUUGGCAAAGAAGUUUGUUUUAUUGAGAUUAUCACCUCUAGCAGUGAUGCCUCUCACUUUGUAGAGAUUUAGCAUCUAAGCAGAGGACUAUUCAUGGUGUUAAAGAUGUUUAUGUAGUUGAAAGGUUUUUCCGACUUUUUUCCGACUACACAAACGGUCUGUGACGUGAAAGGUGUUUCACGACAGAAUCUUUUGAACAUCGCCUCUCAACAACUGUUCACGUCGGUCAAAAACGAGUCGUGCUCAACAGCUGAAUUCAUUAUCCAAGGUCAACAGACUGAAAGCGUUCCUCCGGCGCUCUGGAUUAUCUACACAAUAUUCAUGUAAAGAAAAGAAAUAAUCAUCCGAGACUUUUGAGUAAAACCUUUCAAACUAAA